CUUGCCAAUUAUGAAGGCUUUAUGCAUUGUGUUUUCCCUUUUGAGAUUUGAGUCUUCUAAAAUUAGGGGUGGAGUUUGCAGAGAAUGGGAUUAUAAUGGAAUCUAACCUACGUUUAGUCGCUACUGAAGAGAAUAGACUCAUGGCAUUUAGGGGAGCUGUCAAAAUGGAAAGAUGGGGGAGAAUUUUGAAUGAAAUGGACGACCUAGCCAAUCGGGUUGUAAGGGAAAUAAUGUGUGAAGAAUUUGUCAACAACGAAUACCGAUACAAAGUGAAUUGUGAUAUCCCAACUACAUUUGUGGCAAUUUUACUGAUGGUGGGUAUUGAAAAGAGCGAACCAUUCUACUCCGUAGGAGAGUUUUCAAAGAGGACCUUCUCAGAAAUUUAGAGGAGGCAGUUGGUAGUGUGGACGAGAAUAUGAUGAUUCCAUUCCCGAAAGAUUAUGGUAAGGUCAAAAGCCAAAACAAGGUGGCGAUCUCUGUAUUUGUUUCGCUACUGCUUGCUUUUGCCUUGGGUGUGCAACACGAUGACAGUUUUACACCAAUGGGUCUUUAUGCUACGGAGCUCAUGGAUGCUGCCAAGAGUGAUAUUGAAUGGUUAAAGUCCAUAAGAAGAAGAAUUCAUGAAUACCCAGAAGUCAUGUUUGAGGAAUACAACACAAGUGCUCUUAUCAGAAGUGAGCUGGAUAGAAUUGGGGUGUCAUAUGAAUGGCCUUAUGCAAAGACUGGUGUGGUGGCACAGAUUGGUUCUGGAUUGCCUCCUGUUGUUGCUCUCAGGGCUGACAUGGAUGCUUUGCAUUUACAAGAGCAAGUGGACUGGGAGCACAAGAGCAAAAUUGCAGGAAAAAUGCAUGCAUGUGGACAUGAUGUACAUGUUACUAUGCUUCUUGGGGCUGCCAAAUUACUCCAUCAACGAAAAGACAAGCUUAAGGGUACUGUAAGGCUUAUAUUCCAACCCGCAGAAGAAGGGGGAGCAGGUGCAGCACUUAUGACAAAGGAAGGUGCACUUGGAGAUGCAGAGGCUAUUUUUGGUAUGCAUGUUGAUCAUUUGUUUCCAACUGGAACCAUCGCAUCAAAACCAGGGCCACUAUUGCCUGCUGCAGAUUCGUUUGAAGUGACUAUAGAAGGCAAAGGUGGACAUACCGCUUUUCCACACAUGAAUGUAGAUCCAAUUGUUGCUUCUUCUUUUAUAGUUUUGAGUUUGCAGGAGAUCAUUUCCCGAGAAACAGAUCCUCUUGAUAGCCAGGUGGUUUCAAUUGAUUUUAUCAAUGGUGGAGAGGGACACGGUGUCAUUCCAACUACAGUAAAACUUGGAGGCUCUCUUAGAAGCUUUACAACAGAAGGACUUAUUAAUCUUAAGAAAAGAAUUCGGGAGGUAAUUGAAAAUCAAGCUGUUGUACACAGAUGCAGGGCUUCUGUAGUGUUUUUAGAAGAUCAACCAAUGUGUCCUGCUGUUGAUAAUGAUGAAAGUUUGCACGAUCUUGUAACAAAGGUUGGACAAACCUUGCUUGGUUCAAAUAAUGUGAAACCUGCACAUCCGGUCAUGGCAGGUGAAGAUUUUUCGUUCUAUCAACAGAGAAUACCAGGUGUCUUUUUUAUUAUUGGCAUUCAAAAUGAAAAAGUUGGCUCAAUCCACUCGCCACACUCCCCAUUUUUCUUUGUGGAUGAAGAUGUACUUCCUAUAGGAGCAGCCCUACAUACUGCGAUUGUAGAAAUGUAUUUUGACAAGAAUGGGAAACAGGUAAAUGAAUCCCCGCUUGAAACAAGGCAUACAGAGUUAUAAGUAGCUUAGACGUCCUAAUUUUGUCUAAAGGACUUGUUUUCCAUUAUGAUUAAGGUAAAAUGUUAAUGCUUAUAAAAGUGAUGUGUAAUUUCUGAAUUUACAAUCAAUUCAGAUUAAAAGAUGAAUUUACAACUUCAUAAAAAAUUGUAAUAUUUGUUGUUUGACUUCUUUUAGCUGGAUCAAUUUAUGAAAAUUUAUUAAU